GGGAAGGUCCGUGUCCCAGGAGUGACACGUAUUGUGUGCGCAGUGAUUCGCCCGCGUGGGCGCCGCAGCGUGGGAAUGAGGUCUGCUGAAUCGGUAUCGAACUCGGAUGUCUGGUUCAAGGCCGUGGUGUUGGGUCGCUGCACAAGUCAUCCAGCUGAUAGACAAGCCCCGUUGAAUUGGCUCAUCUCAGGGACCUUUUAAAGAUGAGUGAACGAACGUUGGAAAAAGGACAGCAGCGGAAACUUCCUGAAUGGAUGUCUACACAGAAGAUCUAUACAGUAAAAGCAAAAAAGCUCAAGGCAUCUGUUCAGAAGAGUGUUUUGGAAGAUGACCUGCCCUUCUUAGAAUUCACUGGAUCCAUUGUGUACAGUUAUGAAGCUAAUGAUUGUUCUUUGCUCUCAGAAGAUAUUAGCAUGAGUCUCUCUAAUGGAGAUGUGGUAGGAUUUGACAUCGAGUGGCCACCAGUGUACAAGAAGGGGAACCCGGGCAGAGUGGCGCUCAUUCAGCUGUGUGUGUCAGAGAGCAAGUGUUACUUGUUCCAUGUUUCUUCUAUGUCAGUUUUCCCUCAGGGACUAAAAAUGUUGCUUGAAAAUGAAGCAAUUAAAAAGGCAGGUGUGGGAAUUGAACAAGAUCAGUGGAAACUUCUACGUGACUUUGAUAUCAAAUUGAAGAGUAUUGUGGAGCUGACAGAUGUUGCCAAUGAAAAGCUGAAAUGUAUAGAGACCUGGAGCCUCAGUGGUUUGGUUAAACACCUCUUUGGUAAACAGCUUCUGAAAGACCGGUCUAUCCGCUGUAGCAACUGGAGUAAGUUUCCCCUCACUGAGGACCAGAAACUGUAUGCAGCCACUGAUGCUUAUGCUGGUUUCAUCAUUUAUCAAAAAUUAGAAAAUUUAAGUGAUCCUGUACAAAUAUUUGUCAAGAGUAAAGAGGAGGAAAUACUACCUAGUGACAUGAAGAAACAAUUGACUUCGCUCUCCAAGGAGAUGAUGGAUCUGGCUGAAUGUCUUCCGGAUACUUUUGGAAAACUGGAAAAUCCACAGAGGGUUUCCCUACUGCUGAAGGAUAUUUCAGAAAAUCUGUGUUCAUUGAGGAUGAUUAUGUUUGGCUCUCCUCAGAAGGAACUGAGACCCAGCAGUAAUUUUCACUUACUGCUGGAAGAGCCAACUGCUGGUGAGGUACAAGAGAAACAAAUUAGAGCACGUAACAUUUUUCCUGAAGUUAAAGAUGAGGCAUUGGAUGCAACACCUGAUGGUUUAAUUGAACAUGAUGGAGAAGAGGUACUUGGAAAUCAAAUGAAACAAGAAGAUGGAUUUGAAGAUGGACUGGAAGGCAAUAAGUUGAAAGACAAUACAGAAAGAAAUUGUUUGAUGUCAUUAGAUAUUACAGAAGAUGAGCUCCAACUUUUGGAACAACAGGCUCAGGAUAAACAUCUUACUGAUGUUACUUGCACAUCUCCUGAGCAUUCAUCUUUCAAGGAUAAUGAAGAGGAUCUGUCUUACAUAAUUGAGAGUGAUGAAGAUUUAGAAAUGGAGAUGCUUAAGUCUUUAGAAAACCUCAACAGUGACAUGGUAGAUCCAAAUCAUUCAAAAUGCAUAGAAAUGGAAAAAAAUCUGGAUCUUCCUUCUGAAGAAGAUGAUGAAGAUGAGAUUGAAGCUAUUGAAGAGGAAAAAGAAGUUGAUGAAGACUGCCUGUUACCAAGACCUACUGAAAAGCAAAUUAACUGCCUCAAGACCUACUUUGGCCAUUCUACUUUUAAGCCGGUUCAGUGGAAAGUGAUUUAUUCUGUACUGGAAGAAAGAAGAGAUAAUGUUGUUGUCAUGGCAACUGGGUAUGGAAAGAGUCUGUGCUUCCAGUAUCCACCUGUUUAUGUAGGUGGGAUUGGCCUUGUCAUUUCUCCCCUUAUUUCUUUGAUGGAAGACCAAGUGCUUCAGCUUGAAAUAUCCAGUAUUCCAGCUUGUUUUCUUGGAUCAGCACAGUCAAAAAAUGUUGUAGAGGAUAUUAAAUUAGGCAAAUACCGGAUUGUAUACCUAACUCCAGAAUUCUGUUCAGGUAACUUGGACCUGCUUCGGCAGCUUGAGGCUAAUAUUGGUAUCACACUUAUUGCUGUGGAUGAGGCUCACUGUAUUUCUGAGUGGGGACAUGAUUUUAGAAAUGCAUUCAGGGCUUUGGGUUCCCUAAAGGCAGUACUCCCGAAGGUUCCAAUUGUUGCACUGACCGCUACGGCAGGUUCUUCAAUCCGAGAAGACAUUGUACGUUGCUUAAAACUGAAGGAUCCUCAGAUAACCUGUACUGGUUUUGAUCGACCAAACUUGUAUUUAGAAGUUGGACGAAAAACAGGAAGCAUCCUGCAAGAUCUGAAGCAGUUUCUCGUCUGUAAGUCAAGUUCUGCUUGGGAAUUUGAAGGUCCAACUAUCAUCUAUUGUCCUUCCAGAAAAAUGACAGAACAAGUUACAGCUGAACUUAAAAAACUGAAGUUAGCCUGUGGAGCAUACCAUGCAGGACUGAGUGUUAACUUAAGGAAACAAGUUCAUCAUAGGUUCUUGAGAGAUGAAAUUCAGUGUGUCAUCGCUACCGUAGCUUUUGGAAUGGGCAUUAAUAAAGCUGACAUUCGCCAAGUCAUUCAUUACGGUGCUCCUAAGGAAAUGGAAUCCUAUUACCAGGAGAUUGGUAGAGCUGGCCGAGAUGGACUUCAAAGUUCUUGUCACGUUCUCUGGGCUCCAGCAGACAUGAACCUAAAUCGGCACCUCCUUGGUGAGAUACGCAGUGAAAAGUUUCGAUUAUACAAAUUAAAGAUGAUGGCGAAGAUGGAAAAAUAUCUUUAUUCCAGCAAGUGUAGGCGACUAAUCAUCUUGUCUCAUUUUGAAGACAAACAACUACGAAAGGCCUCCGCAGGAAUUAUGGGAACUGAAAACUGCUGUGAUAAUUGCAGGUCCAGAUUGGAUCACUGCUUUUCCCUUGAAGACUCAGAUGAUAUGUUACAGGACUUUGGUCCACAAGCAUUCCAGCUCUUAUCUGCUGUGACCAUCUUGGGAGGAAAGUUUGGCAUUGGGAUUCCAAUUUUAUUUCUCCGAGGAUCUAAUUCUCAGCGUCUUGAAGAUAGAUACCGCAGCCACAGCGUCUUUGGUACUGGCAAGGGCCACACUGAGACUUGGUGGAAGGCUCUUUCCCAUCAGCUCAUCAUUGAGGGAUUCUUGGCAGAAGUUCCUGGGUAUAGCAAAUACGUAAAGAUUUGCACCCUUACAGAAAAGGGUAGAAACUGGUUUACUAAAGCCAAAACAGAAUCUCCUCAGAGACUUUACCUUCAAGCCAAUGAAGAAUUGUGUCCAAGGAAAGGUUUUCUACCAAGUUCUAGAGCUGUAUCUUCAGGCACUGAGGAACAUGUCUCUGAUCAAGUACCAGUUAAAUUAACUUCAGAGAAGCAGAUUAACUUGGAUCAGAUGUAUUCUUACAAAGCACAUGAUAAAAUUUCUUCUGGGAGUAAGAGUCCUAAAAACAGUAUCAUAGUGUCAUCACCAGGAAAAUAUUGCAAGUCCUCAGAACCUGUUAUUUCAGCUCAAGAGCAGGAGACUCAGACUGCAUUAUAUGGCAAAUUGGUAGCAGCUAGGCAGAAACAUGCCAAUACAAUGGAUGUUCCUCCCGCUAUUCUGGCAACAAAUAAAAUAUUGGUGGAUAUGGCCAAAAUGAGGCCUACUACAGUUGAAAAUGUGAAAAGGAUCGAUGGUGUUUCUGAAGGCAAAGCUAUGAUGUUGGCACCUCUGUUGGAAGUCAUCAGACAUUUCUGUCAAAUAAAUAGUGUUCAGACAGACCUCUUUUCAAGCACAGAACUACAGGAAGAACAGAAGAAAAGUUUGGUGCUGGAAAAUAAAGCCAACUCACUUUCACCAUCUGUGGCCAUCACGUAUUCUUUUUUCCAAGAUAAGAAAAUGUCUUUGAAAGAUACAGCUGAGAAGAGGACUCUGCCUCUUGCAACAGUUGGCAUGCACUUGUCCCAAGCGGUGAAAGCUGGCUACCCAGUCGAUACGGAGCGAGCAGGCCUGACUCCAGAGAUUCAAAAGAUUAUUGCUGAUGUUAUCCGAAACCCUCCCAUCAACUCAGAUACCAAUAAAAUUAAACUAAUUAGAAUAUAUGUUCCUGAAAACAUUGACACGUACCUUAUCCACAUGGCAAUCAAGAUCCUGGAAAAAGAUGGUGACCACAGAAUGCUAUGCCAGUCUUCAUGUGAUCCCAACAAAAAGCGGUGUUUCCCCGACUCUGAAGAGAGCUCUUCAAAUUCUAAGAGAAGCAAGGAAGAAGUAGACACCAAUACCGAGACUUCAUCUGAAACCUCCAAGAGAAAAUUACCUGAGUGGUUUGCCAGAGGAAAUGAGACCUUACCUGAUACCAGCAAGAAAUCAGCAGCCAAAACCAAAAAGAAGGGUCUUUUUAGUUGAACUGGCAGCUGCCAGAGGAAUUAUGUGUCCUGCUGUAUUAUAAGAGGGAAGCUGUAUUUCAUUUCUGAAAAGAGUAGGGAGUGUUUGUUUAAAAACUAUUCUAAUUUUAAAGUAAAACUUACCUAUUUAUUGAAUAGCUGGCAUUUUAAAACAGCCUUGGGCAAACCACAUAAAGUUGAGUCUUCUGAGAGUCUGAGUGAGUAUCUCCUAGGACAGAAUCUUAAGUUACCUUCCUAUGAGAUUGCUUUAAGAAAUCAUGUCAUUGCCUGUUUUCUAAUCUCUUCAGUUAUUUUCCUGGUAUGUUUGGAGUAUGUAAUGUGCAAUGAUUUAAUAUAGGUAACAGAUUAGGAGUUGUACAGUGAUUAUGUGUGUGAUAUGAAAUCUUCCUAUAUUACAGAAAUUCUGUCUUAUACAUGAAGGAUGCGUAUUUUACAAAUUGUUUUUUUUUUAUUUUUAGAAGACACUCUUGUACACAUUUUAAAAUGGUACUAGUGGGCCAGACCAGUGAAAAUGAAACAUUUAGGGUUCUGUGUAAAUAGACAAAAGAAUAGAACAAAGGAGACCAAAUGCACUAGACAGCUAUGUACUUUGUAUUUUACAUAUGAUUUCUGUUAUUUUUCAAAUAAUAAAAAGUCUUUCCUACUGAAAAUUAUAAAGAUAUAUAUUUUCUUAACUUUAAUUUAUUUAAUUAUCACUAUGAACAAAGCUAGUGGAGGUGAUGGAAUUCCAGUUGAGCUGUUUCAAAUCCUAAAAGAUGAUGCUGUGAAAGUGCUGCACUCACUAUGCCAGCAAAUUUGGAAAACUCAACAGUGGUCACAGGAUGGGAAAAGGUCAGUUUUCAUUCCAAUCCCAAAGAUGGGCCAUGCCAAAGAAUGUUCAAACUACCACAUCAUUGUAAUCAUCUCACACACUAGCAAAGUAAUGGUCAAAAUUCUCCAAGCGAGGCUUCAACAGUACGUGAAUCGUGAACUUCCAGAUGUUCAAGCUGGAAUUAGAGAAGGUGAAGAAACCAGAGAUCAAAUUGCCAACAUCCAUUGGAUCAUAGAAAAAGCAAGAAAAUUCCAGAAAAACAUCUACUGCUUUAUUGAUUAUGCCAAAGCCUUUGACUGUGUAGAUCACAACAAAGUGUGAUCACUGUGAUCAGUUUUCAACAAAGUGGAAAAUUCUUUAAGAAAUGGGAAUACCAGACCACCUGACCUGCCUCCUGAGAAAUCUGUAUGCAGGUCAAGAAGCAACAGUUAGAACUGGACUUUCCAAAUUGGGAAAGGAGUAUGUCAAGGCUGUAUAUUGUCACCCUGCUUAUUUAACUUAAAUGCAGAGUACAUCAUGCGAAAUGGCAGGCUGAAUCAAGCACAAGUGCUGGGAGAAAUAUCAAUAGACUCAGAUACGCAGAUGACACCACCCUUAUGGCAGAAAGUGAAGAGGAACUACAGAGCCUCUUGGUGAAAGUGAAAGACGAGAGUGAAAAAACUGGCUUAAAACUCAACAUUCAAAAAAUGAAGAUCAUGGCAUCUGGUCCCAUCACUUCAUGGCAAAUAGAUGGGGAAACAAUGGAAACAGUUAGAGACACUAUUUUCCUGGGCUCCAGAAUCACUGCAGAUGGUGACUGCAGCCAUGAAAUUAAAAGACGCUUGCUCCUUGGAAGAAAAGCUAUGACCAACCUAGACAGCAUAUUAAAAAGCAGAGAUAUUACUUUCCUAUCAGAGGUCCAUCUAGUCAAAGCUAUGGUUUUUUCAGUAGUCAUGUAUGGAUGUGAGAGUUGGACUAUAAAGAAAGUUGAGUGCCGAAGAAUUGAUGCUUUUGAAUUGUGGUGUUAGAGAAGACUCUUGAGAGCCCCUUGGACUGCAAAGAGAUCCAACCAGUCCAUCCUAAAGGAAAUCAGUCCUGAAUAUUCAUUGGAAGGACUGAUGCUGAAGCUGAAACUCCAAUACGUUCGCCACCUGUUGCGAAGAACUGGCUCACUGGAAAAGACCCUGAUGCUGGGAAAGAUUGAAGGCGGGAGGAGAAGGGGAUGAUAGGAUGAAAUGGUUGGAUGGCAUCACCGACUCAAUGGACAUGAGUUUGAGUAAGCUCUGGGAGUUGGUGAUGGACAGGGAAGCCUGGCAUGCUACAGUCCAUGGGGUCGCAAAGGGUUGAACAUGACUGAGUGACUGAACUGCACUGAAUUACUUUGAGUGCCUUUAACUUUUGAUGAUGUUGGAAUUUGAUUCUAAUAUCUCUUUAUUUGGCACAUGUGACUGAAAUAUCCAAAACCCUGCCACUGAUUUGGGUAAAUCACAGCUGAUAUACUUUAAGCAGUUCAACAUGUAGCAUUUAAUUGACUUCUUUGUAAAUAAAAACAGCUGUUGUUAAUAAAGAAGAAAUACAUGUUUAUAAAAUGAAAAAAUCCAGAAAAGUGAAAAAAAGAAAAUAAAAAUCACAGAAGUCCCCAUGGUA